CUUCUUCUUCUCCGUUGAGUGCAUACUUGAUGUGGUUCUUCUCAGUCUGCAACAGACUCAACAAUGGAGUCAAUCUCCUGUUUUGUCUACAAAGGAUAACGCUUUCUCGUGAAUAUGGAUCUUCUAUGGGAAGAUUUGGUCUUUACAAAAGGAUUUCGCCAUUGGGAGAUCCUAAGAUUUCAAUUUUUCCUGUUCUUGACCAAUGGCGUGGAGAAGGAAACUACACAAGCAAAGAAGAGCUUCGUGGAAUGAUUAAAGAGUUGAUUAAGUACAAGAGAUUCGUUCAUGCUCUUGAGGUAUCGCGGUGGAUGUCUGAUAGAAUGUUUUUUCCUCUCUCUCUGACUGAUUUUGGUACACGCAUAAACUUGAUAUCAAGAGUCUGUGGCCUUGGAGAAGCAGAGGUUUUCUUUGAAAACAUUCCCAAAGAUAUGAAAGGUAUUGCGGUCUUCUCUAGUCUUCUUAGCUGCUAUGCACGUGAAAAGUCUGCCGAGAAAGCUGAGAAGCUUGUGGAAGCCAUGAAGGAAGCGGGUGUUUCCAUGGACACACGUUGUUACAACCUUAUGAUGAAUAUGUACUAUCAGAUGAAUGUGCAUGGAAAACUAGAUGAUUUGAUGCUUGAGAUGGAACAGAAUGGAGUCUCUUUUGACCAGUUUACUCUUAGUAUUCGUCUCAGCGCAUAUGCCGCAGCUUCUAAUAUUGAAGGAAUAGAGAAAACCAUAGAAAAGAUAUCAUCAGUGUCUGAAACAGCUAUUGACUGGACCAUUUAUAGCGCUGCAGCGAAUGCAUUCCUCAAAGUUGAGCUCAUCGAUGAGGCAACAAUGAUGCUUAAGAAGUGUGAGGAAUUUGUGAAUGAAGAUAGCGGAAAUGAAGCAUUUCACACGCUCCUGAAACUGUAUGGAGAAACUGGAAGAAAGGAAGACCUUUCCCGAGUCUGGCUCCGUUUUAAAGAAGAGAGAAAAGUUUUCAACAGUGGAUACAAGAUAAUGAUAAGCUCGGCUUUGAAAUUCGGCGACAUUGAAUUAGUGGAGAAGGUUUUUAACCAGUGGGAAUCCGAGAAGCUAUCUUAUGAUUUCCGGAUUCCUAAUCUGUUGAUCAAGUUCUACUGCGAAAAGGGUCUUACCGAGAAAGCCGAGCUACUCUUAAAGAAAGCAGAAGGAAACAGAGUGAGUCCACCUAUGGAUGCGUAUAUUUGCUUAGCAAAUAUUUAUCUUGAGGGUGAUGAAAUUUCCAAGGCAACAGAAGCCAUUGAGCGUGCAGUUUCAACGCAGAUAGAGACCGAACAGAGACUUGAGGCUCAGGGAGAAUUGUUGAAUUCAUGCUUAGCGUGUUUAAGAGGAAAUGGUGAUGGUAGAAAGAGGUUUGGUGAAGUCAUGGAUUCGUUGACAAGUGAGAAUCUCUUCUCUAUUGCAGCACUUGAAAGACUUUCUCAUCAUCUUUCACAAGUUAGAGAAAAUAACAUUCUUUCUUGUUGAAGUCAUUAUGUUUAGGUCAGAUUAAGACCGAGCAGAGAAUUUACCCUCACCUUUUUGCUCAGAUUCACCACCAAAUUCAUACAGUGUAACUUUUACUCCACCAAACUGUCAUAGGUUAAUUUUUGUUGAUGCCAACAUGAGAAUAAUUACUAAAAGUCAUGUAGUUAA